GUCAGUUUAUUCUGUUAGUUCACAAAAUGCCGUCGGAGUCUAAAAGUUUGUUGACAGCUCAAACUGAAAAGCCAAAUCAUUAUACGUAUUUGAAGGAAUUUCGUGUUGAGCAGUGUCCAUUGUUUCUACAACACAAAUGCACACAGCACAGACCUUUUACUUGUUUCCACUGGCAUUUUAUGAACCAACGUCGUAGAAGACCAGUAAGGAAAAGAGACGGAUCGUUUAAUUAUAGUGCUGAUAAUUAUUGUGCAAAAUUUGAUGAAACUACAGGAGUAUGUCCGGAAGGAGACGAGUGUCCCUACCUGCAUCGAACUGCUGGAGAUACAGAACGCCGUUAUCAUCUAAGAUAUUAUAAAACAUGCAUGUGCGUUCAUGACACAGACACACGAGGAUUUUGUGUAAAGAAUGGCCCCCACUGUGCAUUUGCCCAUGGAAAUCAUGAUCUUAGACCGCCAGUUUAUGAUAUUAAAGAAAUUCAGGCUUUGGAGAACCCAGAUUCUGAAGCCAAUGCUGUAAAUGGUCCAAAUGUUUUAGACAAAGAAAGAAAUUUAAUGAAUGAAGAUCCAAAAUGGCAAGAUACAAGUUAUGUUUUAGCAAGUUACAAGACUGAGCCGUGCAAGAGACCUCCUCGUCUGUGUCGUCAGGGUUAUGCUUGCCCACAGUAUCAUAAUAGCAGGGAUAAAAGAAGAAGUCCUAGGAAACACAAAUAUAGAUCCACACCAUGUCCAAAUGUGAAACAUGGGGAUGAAUGGGGUGAACCAGGGAAUUGUGAAAGUGGUGACAAUUGCGCAUAUUGCCACACCAGAACUGAACAACAGUUUCACCCUGAAAUAUACAAAUCAACUAAGUGCAAUGAUGUUCAGACUGCAGGCUAUUGUCCAAGAGGAGUAUUCUGUGCUUUUGCCCAUGUUGAACAGGAAAUGACACUUGCUCGAGAUCUGGCUGCUCAGGUGGACUCUGGUACUAAUUUAGCAGAUAUAUUAUCAAGCGCUCUCCCACCAGAAAAACGAGACUCUACAGUCGGUCAAGAAUCUUCCAAGAGAGAGGAGAAGAGUAGCGAUUCAUCGAAUGGGAGUGGGGAGGUGUCAGAAUCCGCUUCUACUAGCAGUCUUGGUUCCAGUAGUUCACACAGUAAAGCUCCAGGGUCUCAAUUAACUCAUAACAGAGGUGUGGCUGGUGGCAGCAGUCAUAUGCACUUUGCCAAUAGCAGCAGUAAUCAACAGGAAGUCAUACAAGCUAGUUUAAUCAAGAAGCAAAUGAUAGCAAUUGACAGUGAUCCUCUUCUAGACCCACUGGAGAAAGCCCAGAGGAAACAGAGCAUUUAUCUUGCAUUUAGCAUCAACAACUCAGGAUCAGUGGCAUCUGCUGUCUCACCCUUAGCAACUGCUUUCUAUCCUGCAAGCGAUACUGUAGAAUCUGUUGUAGGAAAUGCAUUAGAAGAUUUAAAUUUAGAUGAACCUCUCAAUUUAGCAGCGUCAAUAGACAGAGAUUUAGAAACAGAUUCCCCAACUGUCAGCAAUUCAAUAUCAGCUGGACUUGCAAGUUCUGGUAUGCUUGGCAGUUCUGCUCCAGUCAACAUCCCUGGCAGUGCCCUUAGUGAAAGAAAUACAUUAGGAAGCAACUUCUCACCCUCAACAUCAUCUCCUUUACAACAGUUGCAGUCUGGGUUCCUGUCUGCUUCUCGAUUUUCACACCAGGAUUCAUUGGACUCAAGCUCAGCAUUUAUGAACACUUCUCAUAUGCAGUUAAGCAGUAGUGCAUCAAAGAUUAGUAGUUUCACAUCUGCAGGUCUGUUUGACUUCAGCUCUCAUCAGAACAUGUCUCCAAGCAGUCGUACCUCUCAUCAUCCCGGCUCAUCAUUAGUCAACAGCUUUCCUUUAAGUCCAUCUUUAGGAACCAACCUUUCAACUGAGUUACAUAUGCAGAGAUUAUGUGAAGAAUUAGUGUCUAGUAGAUCAAAAUUUGCAUCUUGGGAUGAGAGAAUAAAUCAGGCUAGGUCGGCUUGUGAAGCGUGGCAACGAGAAGCUGAAGAAUCCAAUAGGAAAGCAAGUAUAGCAGAGCAACAGCGGGAUGAAGCAUUGUCGCAAGCAAAAGCUCUGCAGAAAGAAGUAGAUUUAUUACAAGGUAGUCCUUACCUUCAUGGUCUUAGAAGAGUGUCAGAACUGAAGACAUUAUCACUUCCAACAUUAAAAUCUCUACAGGCACAACUGAGGUCUGACUUGGAAGAAAUUGAAAAGGUUAUCUAUCUGCAGACAGCAACCAAGUGUAUGGUAUGUGAAGAACGCAAUCGCAGUGUCACAUUAGCUCCUUGCAAUCAUUAUGUGUUGUGUAGUAAUUGUGCUUCAACUCAGAAAGUAUGUCCCUACUGCCAGAUCCCUAUAGUAGCUCAGACUACAAGCAUGCCUUUAUAAUAAGACACGUGGUAGGUAUAUACUAUUCCAUUACCGUACUCACUCUGCAUUAAUAAACUUAUUCUAUCACAUUACUGCAUAAUCAUAGACCAAAUGAAAUUUACAAUUAAGCAAUGAAUGACCUGUGGGUUUUUCUUGUAUUGAGCUGCUCUGUUACUGAUAAGCAUAAAAUGCCUCCCCUAUACUUGUAUUCGAUAUAGAGUGUGUGGCCAAAGCAUUUCAUAAAUCAAGACUACAGUAAAACCUCAUAAUUCCAUACUGAAGGGACCAAACAUUCAGACUUUGUGUAAUGAUGUGCUGUUGCCAUGGAAAGGAAUGAAGUUUUCCGAUGUCCUUUAAGUGGAAAUAUCUGUUUAAUAUCAUCCGUGUGUCUCACACCAGGUAGACACUCUUAUAUAUAUUACUUGUGACAAGCGUCCCUUCAGCUGUCUUCAUAUGUGAAGGGUAAUUAUGAUAGUAUCACUGGACAUUAGUAGGAUAAGGGGAAGAUGUGAAUACAAGCUGUGGUUGAAUGGAAGGAAAUCAUGCUUUCCAAUCUGUUGCUAGGCAACAACCGCAAAAUAAGCAACUACACACAACAGCCAUUGCUAAGUAAUGGCCUGUAAACAGCAACAGAGGAAUGGUGUUUUCUGCAUGGUCCAUUCUGCUGGCUGCACACACAGCAGUGGACUACGUCAUGCCAUCGCUAAACAACAAUGACACUGCAACAGAGGAAAGGUGUUUUAUGCACAUCCUUGUCACAGUGUUAUAACCAAGACGGUUUCUGGGGAAUUAGACAGUCAUUCACGCACUAAUCCACCAACCAACUCUUCACUGACUCCACCCCACCAACUGACUUGCUUAUAACAUCUCAACACAGACCACACAGAAAACACUAUUCCUCUGGUGCUCUGCAUUUGUUUCUUAGCAAUAGCAUGAUGUAUUCUGCUGCUGUUUACGGCCAUUUCUUAGCAAUGCUGUUGUACAGUUUCUAAUUUUGCAGUUGUUUCAUAUCGACAGGUGUACAUGUCACAUUUCUCCCUCCAUAAGGCUAUUUGUCCUGAAUAGCCUACAGGCAUAUGGCCAUUUCUUCUUUUCUGAGGGCUGUGCUUGUGACAUCUGUAUUGCCUGUUAUUCUGUAAGGAAGAAUUAAUGAUAUUAAUUUACUUUGACCUAAUUAAUGAAACUAAAUUAUAUGGAUUCCUUUUGGGAGAAGGCUGCAAAAUCUGCGUCAUACUAGGAAUUAACCUUUAUCAUCCAAGGGUUGUAUAACUGUGUGGCGAAUAUACUGGUUCAACAAGUUUAGCAUCGCUUACUGUCACACAGUUUGCAGUAUCAAUCCCAUUAAUGCCAAAGUUUAAAUCCAGCCACCAAUGUAUUGGCAGGUGAAAAUUCAGAUCUGGGCAGUACAGGUCAGAGAGGUUUUACUGUAUCUUGCAUGAGAUUGGGGUGGACUUUGACGAUUUUUAAGUCUUGGUUGUGGGCAGGUAUCUGUUAUUCUGGAUGAUUUUAAAUUUCUUUGCAGUUGCAGAGUUCAUUAGUAUAUUCGACUUCUUGACUGAUAUCUUGAGAAAGUGUAUAACUCAUUCCCUCUAUUUUGUAAAAGUUUCUUGAACUCUUUUUGUAUUUGAAACUGGUUUACUUCGCACUUUCAAGUUUACAUCAUCUUUGAUAAUUACACAUACCUUCUGUUCCCUUUUCCUCUUCUGAAAUUAAUCAGCCAUUAUAGACUACAUUGAAUGAAGAUAGUACAUAAUCUUCACAGAGAUAAAAUAUUGUUGAGAAGGUGAAAAUGUGCAGAUUUCAGUUUGAGUCUUCACAACAAUGAUUGUAAAAAGAAUUUUGUUUAGAUAUGAUCUGGAUUGUGAAACUGUAUACUCUUGUACCUGGAUGCCAGCAUAUUAGAGGAUCCUGCUGCCUGCAUCUUCACUUCCGUGCUGAAGAUGGAGACAGUAGGUCAUGUGAGACUACAUGGCAUUAUAACCUAGAGGACUACAUCUAAAUUUUUACCAUCUUUAGAACCGCAAAUCAUAAAAGAGCUACAUGGUAGUCAUGUCACCAAUGGCAAAGACAGUAAUUCUGAUUUUUGCCAGGACAGCUCUGUGAAAUCUGAGAAAUGUAAUCAUGGCCCUGUCUUAUCAGAAGCUGCUGAAAUGAAUUGUAGAUUGGUUAGAAGUAUGCUUAAUUGGAACUUCUGACGGCAAUGACUGUGAAGGUGAGGGACAUGAAGACGUGUAGUUCGGAUAAAAUUUUAUCAUCGUUUUGGACUUCGGGGAGUGAAUAUCUUC